UUAUGCAUUUUAUUGUAUGAAUAUUUCAACUUAUGCAUUUAGUAAUACUGAUGUAAGUGAUAUUGAUGUAACUUAUGCUUUCCAUUAGAAUUAAAAAUAAUGCAUUUUAAUAUAUAUAUUUCUUUCACAGGCACCUCUGCUGCUAAAGACUUGAAGAAAAGAGCUUUGCAUUUUUGUCCAUUCUGUUCGUAUUCUUCACCUUUGGCAGGAAAUUUAAAAAUUCAUAUAAAUGUGCAUACCAAAGAAAGACAGUACUCAUGUGGAGUGUGUUUAAAAUCCUUUAAUAAUAAUAGCAAUCUGAUAAGGCAUAACAGGAUACAUACUGGAGAGAAACCUUAUACAUGUGAUAUCUGCAAUAAAAGAUUUAACCAGUCAACUAGUCAUUUGAAACAGCAUUACAGAAUACAUACUGGAGAGAAACCUUAUAAAUGCGAUAUCUGCAAUAAAGCAUUUCGUCAGUCAUCCCACAUGCAGUCUCAUAAGUUAAGCCACCUUAAAGAACAAUUAUUCUUUUCUUGAUUAGUUUUUGUGAACCUUUGAAGUUUGCCGAAAUGAACAAGGUAUAUAUAAUUGCAUAUUUUGUACCUAUUCUACAACAAAGAAAACCCACAUAAAAACUCAUCUAAAUGGGCACACCAAAGAACUGCAGUACAGAUGUAAAGUGUGCCAAAAAUCUUUCAACCAAAAAGGGCACUUGAAUCAACAUUACAGAAUACAUACCGGAGAGAAACCCUACAAAUGUAACAUCUGCAACAAGGGAUUUAACCAGUCGUCCAAUUUACGUUCUCAUCAACUAUGUCACAUUAAAAAUUUGUAUUAAUACUUUGAUGACUGCUGGUUUGCUGUUUUUUAUAAUAAUUCGUAACAAAACAUAAUCUGCACUAUUACAAGUUAUUAUUAUUAAAAAAUUUUCUUUUUUUUUAAAAUUUAUCUUAACAUUGAUAGUGUAAUAAGUAAGCCGCAUUUUUUUUAUAAUUUUAAGAUAUCUUUUUCCUCUAUAGCUUCAGUUAUGUGUUGUGUUUCUGUUUAUAUUUCAUACAGCAUUAUUCAAAAUAUUAAGACAAUAUUUGAAGUGCAAUUUUUUUUUAUUAGAUUUGUUAAAUCACAGUUUCUUAACUUCGUCUAACCUGUCAUUAAUUCAUAUUUGUCAAAAACAUUUAACUUCUUGUUAAAUUAUUUUUUGCCUAUGCAGACAAUUUAAUUCUUUUAACUGUUAGUUGUUAAAUUUGAUUUAACCAGUCAUUCAAUUUGCGUUCUCAUCAGCUAUGUUACAUUAAAAAUUUGUAUUAAUGCUUU